CACGAGUUCUCAGUCAAAUAUUUCAAAUAAAGCAUUUUUGAGGCGUUUCUGUGUUAUUUUCAAUUAUCGCGAUUUGCGUCUGAAAUAAGUGCAAUUAGUGUCGCAAUAUUGAGAAAUUUUUGGUGUGCAAUGAAUUGAGCGAUUGCCCGUUGCACAAAUAAAAUUGCCGAUUGAUUGAUGAAAAGUGUUAAACAUUUUUGAAAAUUUUGUGAUUGGGGUUUUCUACUGAUUCCAACAGCUGGCAUUUCAUACAAAAAGAUUUAACAACAAAGCGACAAGCUGUGGGUACACGUUGAAAAGUGAAAAAUCAGCCGCACACAAAGGAUACACAGGACACAGAGGACACACAGGGCAGCUGCAAAUCCGCAAUCCGCUUCGGCAAACCAAGGCCAAAUGCAAUAAGCUGCAGCCACGCACACAAAGCCAUAAACAAAGCGCAGUCCUGCCCUCCAGACUCCCAGCCAACCCCAGAAAAAGCAACAGCAGCAGGAGUGGGAAGAGCAGCCGCCAGGAUUGCUUUCUUGUAUUUUGGACACACGUGCGCCGCGGCUGCGCCGUUGCCGUGCCCGUUGCCCGUGUCCUUGCCAGCGCCAGCACCAGCGUCAAUCGCAUCGCCUUCGGCAACGGCGGCCACAAUGAAGCUGUCAAAACUGUCCAACCAGACGAACUCACAGGAUCCGCAGGCGGUCAACUCGCGCAUCUUUGUUGGCAAUCUGAAUACAUUUCAAUGCUCCAAAACGGAUGUGGAGCGCAUGUUUCAGAUCUACGGCCGACUGGCAGGCAUCUCCAUGCACAAGGGCUAUGCCUUUGUGCAGUUCACCAAUCCCUUCGAUGCCCGCAACGCCUGUCACGGCGAGGAUGGCAAGACGGUGCUUAGCCAGACCUUGGAUGUCAACAUGGUGGCCGAGCCGAAGGCGCAUCAAAUUGGCCGAAAACGCCAGAAUGUCAGCAAAACGGGCAACGAUUGGGACUACUUCUAUGACAGCUACUGCUCCUCGGCGCUGCUGCGCGGCGGCGGCGGCGGCGGUGCCAACGGCGUGCGGGCCAAGAAACGCAAGCGUCUGAUGACCAGCAACAACAGCCUUGUUGCUGCGGUGCAACAGCAGCAACAGCAACAGCAGCAGCAGCAGCAUGGCCAGCAUCAUCACAGCGCCGCUGCAGUGGCCGCUGCGGCAGCUGCUGCGGUGCAUCAUCAGCAGCAGGCGCAGGCGGUGCAGCAGCAGCAACAGCAGCAUCAGCAGCAGCAGCACCAUCAUCAUCAUCAGCAGCAGGUGGCAGCUGUUGCCAUGGCGGCCAUGGCCAAUUUGUUGCCACAACAGCAGCUGUUGCUGCAUCAGCAGAAUCUGCUGUCGAAUGCGGCAGCCGUGGCCAGCACGGCGGCAACAACAGCGGCGCCCGGCGCUCUACACUGGUCGCAAUAUAAACAGGAGCAGCAGCAACAGCAACAACAGCAGCAGCAGCAGCACCAACAACAACAUCAGCAGCAGCAAUUUGUGGCCGCUGCCACAGGUUUCCAGUUGAAGAGCGUCAUCGCCGGGCAGUCAACGACUUCGCCACAGAAUGCAAAGUCAGCAAUAAUUGCUAAUCAAACAGCGCUCGUGGAAACGUACGGUGCCUUUUCCCAGCAGCCGUCGCAUCACCAACAGCAUCAACAACAACAGCAACAACAGCAGCAACAGCAACAACAACAGCAAUUGGGCUGCCUGCUGCAGCCGUUGACUUUGGCAUUGUCCCCACAGCAACCGCAGCCGCUACAAUUGCAUAGCCAAAUGAUGCAGCAACAACAGCAUCAACAGCAGCACCAGCAACAACACCAACAGCAACAACAGCAACAGCAGCUACAGCUACAGCAGCAGCAACAUCAGCAUCAACAGCAGCAACAUGCACAGGAGCAAUUAAGUUUGCAUCAACACUGGGGACCAUUCAAAGUCUACAGCAAUCCGGACACAUUAAUCUGCGGCAACUGCCGGGAAUGCUUCAACGAGCUGUCUGAGUUAUUGGACCACAAGAAAAGUUACUGCAAACUGAGGUUCACAUGCAAGUGCCAGGAUGUGGCCUUUGCAGCAAAAACGCCGCCAACGAGCGCCAAAUUGCUUUGCGCCGUUUGCAAGGAUGCAUUCGCCAAUCCCUGGGAUUUGAUGGUGCACGCACAGGCCGCACACAUGGUUAACAUUUACGAGCUGGGCGAUGAGGUCGUCGCCAACGGCCAUGGCAACGACAACGGCAACGGCAAUCCCAGCCCCAGCAACAACAACAACAAUGCCAACGAUCCGACUGCAAUUGCAGCCAAUGGACAUGGAAUGGCCACGGCCGUGGCCGUUGCUGCUGCUGCUGUUGCUGAUGAUGAGGCAACAACCAUAACAAAGCACAUGCCAACGUCAGCAACACUUAACAAGGAGCCAAAUAACAAUAACAAAAUUAGCAACAAUAACAACAACAACAACAACAACACCAUCAUCAAUGGCCACAUGUCACCCACAGCCCACGGCAACAACAUUGCCGCCGUUGCAGUUGCAGCAAAUGGCAUUGAUGUUGCUGCUGCCGUCGAAGCUGACGCCGACGUCGACGCAGCUGCCGCUGCGGUCGUCCACGAUGGCCAGGCCAGCAGCGAUACGGAGACAUCGCACUGCAUGGACAUCAAGUUUGGGCUCUGCGCCAGCCCCAAGGAGGAUCCGCAGCGUGACGAUCUGUCGCUGGAUGGACGCCUGUCGAGCAGCUCACAGACCCAUCACUCGGAUGACAUCAAUAUGAAUAUUAAGCUAAUUAACGGUUCGGUGUCCUCGCGCGGCAGCUCGCCCGGCUUGGAGUCGGAUGAGCCGCCGGCAACGCGCGCCUGCAUUGUGCGUACCCUGAGCAUUGAGGCUGCUGGUGCCACGACCACGCCCACUGCGAAUGCCUUGAGCCUGAUGUCGAAUGGCCUCAGUUUGGCACUGGCACCGCAAUAGGCCAACUUAAUAUAUAACAAUCAGGCUGGACUUAAUUAGAAUCAAAAGCGCGUGAAUCAGAAUCCAGAUAUAUUCAGAAUUUAGGUACCAUAAUAUUUUAGAUUUGUGUGCAGAUAAAAAAGGGUAUUUAAAAUACUCGUGUUGCUUUUGGCUUUGUGUAUUGAGAGUGUAGUCGUGAGUGCGGUGCAAGUGCAAUUUAUUCAGUAUUUUUGUACUAGACUUAAACUGAGCAAAAAUUGAAAGAAAAAAGAACAACAUAAACGUAAAUUACAGCAAAACAUAUCAUUUUAAAUGUAGCAACUAGAUAUUACAGUAGCUAUAACAAUUAAAACUAAUUAUAUAAUAUCUAUGUGUGUAUGUACCAAAUACUAUAUAUGCCUGUCUUGUCUUUCUGUUCGUUUUCGAUUUUGUUUUUGAAGCAAAGCAUAGUUUGGGUUUCAAAACUGCAUAUGAGAACAUAUAGGUAAAAAGAAAAAUAUUUAAAAAAUAGCUGGAAAUAGUCCUCGAAAGUGGUUUAAAUACAGUUUUUAGGGCGAGUUAAACGGCAUUAUGUAGGACAAAUGAGCUUUGUAUAUAGUUACAAAUAACAAAUGAAUUAAUUAUUGUUAGCUGACAGAAUGAACCCAAAACUUAUAUUUUAUAUACAUAACAUAAUUUAACGAAUAUUUAAUAUAUAUAUUUAACAAGCCAACAAUAUUAUUAUUCAAAAUACGUACCAUGUGUAUCAAAUGUAGCAUAGUGACAACAGGUGUUUCAAAAACAACAGCAAAAAAAAAAAAAAACUAAACAAACCUUUUGCAAAGUGUCCCCAAGAAAAACCAAAAGGCUUAAAAGUUAUAAUUACAUAAACGGAUUAAUAUUUAAAAUUAAUAUAUAUACUACUUACAUACACAAACAGUAGCUGCUAUGUAAAUAGUUUAGUUAUAUGCCACAAAUUAAAAAAACAAAAACAAAUAAAUAUAUUGUAAACUGUAACAACAUUCAAUUCAGUGUCCUCCAGUUAAACAUGUAAACAGGCAAGAAAAAAAAAGAAAGUGUAUUUAAUAAAUGAAUAUUAUAAAAAGCAACUAUUUGAUUUGCUUGAACUUUGGUUC